AUGGCAGGACACGGUGCAGGAGGUCCACGAUACGGCGGAGCACACCCAAUCACAAUUCCACCAGUGCGCCCACUCUACAGAUUCGCGGCAGUUGGCCUCGGGGCUUCCAUGUGGUUCUUCCUUUUCUACCGUGCGCGUUACGACCUGCCUGUGCUGCUCGGCAUGAGACAUCCAUGGGAUCAUUGA